AUGGCUAUGAGACUGCUGAUGACCCCAGGAUCGAGAGAAUCCGGCUCUCUCUCACCUCCAGACCACGAGCACGAGGUCCACUGCUCCGCUCGCCUCAACGACAACUGGUGUCCCGGCCAUACCGAGGCGCUGCCCACCAUCCCGGAAGAGACCAUGGACGGCGCUACCAUUACGCCCAACUACAGAGCCCUCACUAUCAAGGUCAACAAGCCCAGCACUCGGAUACCCUUCAUCUACAGCUAUCCAAACAAUAGCCACCCCAAAGUCGACAUCACCGUUAUCAACUCGACGCAGUCCACGAAUUUUGAAAUUAUAGAGAGGAACACCGAUCAUUGUAUCCAUGAGAAGUGUACUACCCACGUCUCGAUAAAAACGGAGCCCGAUUUUUGUUCGGCGAACAGUGGGAAGUACGAGUUUCUGAACGUGAAGGUCAAGGUAGAGAAUGUGACUGGGGAAGCCAGGAUAAAAUACCACGUACCCUGCGCGUGUAAGUGUUCAGACAAUGCGGAGAAAGACUCGAAAAUCUGUGGCGGGAAGGGUGAUUACGCGUGCGGCGUCUGCAAGUGCCAUAAAGGAUGGUCCGGCAAAUACUGCGAUGUCCCACCAGUAUGCGACAAUCGGCGAGGAGAUCUACAGUGCACCAAUUCUUACAGUGACGUGGAAUGCUCAGGCAACGGCUACUGCGGCCCUUGCGACGCCUGCAUCUGUUUCGACGACCGGGAGGGCUCACAGUACUUCCAAAAAGACAACGCCUGCGCUGAUCUCUGCAUGAUCAUCAACUAUAAUUACGAGCUGUGCCUCCAUGACAAGCCUGAGGGGAAAUGCCAAGACCAUUUGAACAUAGACCCUUACAACAAGACGCGUGCAUCAGAAACGGAUGAGAUGAACCGGAAAGUCUGGGUACAGUGCCAAGAUCUGCUUGACGGCUGCAACAUCAAGUACCUGGCUAUGAGGGACGCUAACGAUGAACUACACGUGAUGAAGAUCAACUCCUGCAAUGGCGUUCAGGACUCAUUCGUCACUGGAAAUGUCAACAUAACUCUACCAACCGUGCUGGGAGUGAUUGCCAUCGUAGCUGCGGCGACAGCGGUGGCGGGCUACAUGGUGUGGAAGGCCAAGAACGCGCCGGUUCCUUUGGCUGCUUCUCAUUACCAAGAGCUGGAGGGUCCUGAGAACAGCGCCGGAAUCAACCCCUUGUACAAAGCACCCACCUCGUCUUACAACAAUCCGUUGUGGAAGGGCGCCGCCAAAGUCUAGUCCUGGUAAGUUUAAAAUGAACCUUAUUUCAU